AUGGUGGGGGUUAAACAGAGCCCGUUGGAUAAGUACGCGCGUUCUCUCUAUCUGUGCAAUAUUGCGUCGGCGACGGCUGGUAACCCAGUCAUGUCGCCACACCAGGUGGCAAAUCCGGGUCUGAGUCGUACUCGUGUAAGCAAUGACUUCGCUUCAAUGCUGCUCUUCUUUGCUCAGGUGCUGGUCGCACAGUGCAUACUGUUUGAUUGGUCAGCCGAUGCAUCAAGCACAAACGGUCAGGAUGUGACACCAGGAUCCAAUCAAUUGGCGAGGUAUUCCCACGCCGAUUUCCCAUAUGCAUAUGGACAAUUUUGCAAAACGCUUGGUCAUAUCAGCAAUUUUACUUCAUUAGGGGACUACCUAUUGACACUGCAAAGUGUGCUUGACGCACGUUGCGUCGCCCUUUCCGUUGGUUCGUCAUUCUUCGAGCUCCGGACGCUCGUUAAAUACGGUAGAAGAUACGCUCGUUGCUUGUGCAUAAUGAAUGCGGAAUUGAACAAGGCGGGGCCUGAAGCUCAACCAUCUCAGCCUUUGCUGGUCCAGCAGCAAAAUGAUCAAGAGAAAACUCCAACCCCUGCUGAUCAGUCCUCACAACAAGCGCAGCCUGAACCGGAACGGAUUGGUCAGGCACAUGUCCAGACCCCAGCUCAAGGUCCUCAACCUCAGUCGUGGGUAGAGGUACAACCUGGAGGCGAGCAACAAGCGCAAGAAAAAGAUCUAGCACAACCCAAAGUACUACCACAGCCUCAGCAGGAUCCAGAAAUUGGCUACGCUCAGGUACUUGGAGUUCAAGAGAAAUCUCAGGCCGGUGUAAUUUUACAGGGUACAGACAAAGAGCCGGAUACUCGAGUACAAGCGCAACCUGAGGUAACAUCGCGACCUCAAGAGAAUCCGGGAAUUAACUACGUACAAGGACCCCAGGUUCAGGAGGGACCUCAGGCCGGCGUGAAAUUGCAGAGUACGGAGAAACAGCUAGAUACUCAAGUACAGGCACAACCUGAGGCGAUAUCGCAACCUCAGCAGGGACAAGGAAUUAGCUACACGCCAGAACUCAAGAUUCAGGAAGGACUCCAGGAUGAAGUGAAUUUGCAGGAUACGGACAGACAGCCGAAUGCUGAUCUGGCCAAGUCGCAGGUGCUGCAGGCUGCCCCCAGUGGUGAACCUGUAUCCCAGCCUCAGCCACCACCAGUCGCGCAACUCAAACCGGAGUCAAAGUCGAGAACGCAGACGCGAUUGCAAUCCAAGUUCCAUGAGAUAACUGGCAUUGGUACCGGUGUACCAUCGGCAGCUGGCAGUGCCAGCAGUGGUGGUGUUCAAGGAAUCUCUCAGAACCUUGUACUUGCCACAGGUAACAACGCUAAUAACGGCAAGGUUCCCGAUCCUAAUCAGGUGGACGGUGUUUCAGAACUGCAGAGAUACUCAAAGCUUGCUCAGUCGCGCGUUGAACUUAUGGAUACUACUAUAGAUAUCUUACUUGACUCUUUUAAAAACAAGUACGAUCUUGACAAGGCAAUUGAGAAGGACUGCGGGAAACGUUUGAAGGCCAUGUCUGAUCCCAAAGGUGUUCCAGACCGUGCUGUACUUAGGGACGAAGCUUUGGAAGAGAACCUGGAGAUACUGGCAAAUUCCAACAAAUGGGUAGACGAACAGCUUGAGAAAUUGGAUGUUUGUCUGCGUGAGAAGCAGCGGAACAUUCAGAUUGCUGGUCCACUUGUAGACGAGGAAGAGGAACACCGGAAGGAGGAGAAGCAAACAAAGCGGAUCAUACACAUUGCUGAAAAAAUAAGAAAACGUUUUCAACGAAGAAAGGAAAAGCAGGAAAAGGAGGAUAGCAGGAGGGAAAGGGAAAUUUUGGAUGAUAUCGGUAAGGGAAAGGCAGUGAACUGGGUUGCUGGCGUCCAGUGA